AUGCAUGUGAAGUGUCUAAAGAGAGAGGAAAACCAAGCGACAGGUGAAGGGGAACGAAUCCUGCCAGACCGCCCCGAUUGGGCUGCAGAGAGGCGUUCGGAUAGAAACUCAUUCCAGCGAGUUGCGCGGUCUACAUGGCUCGACUCGGCCGUCAGCUUCGCUCUUGCAAGGUCACACCAAUGGGCUUGUCGGUGGCACCUGGCGACUUACUUACCGGACGGUGUACAACAACCGCGGCGGACUCCCAAUGUCGCCGAGCUAUGCUUUGGCGUUAUGGCAGGCAUUGCAGCGACAAUGGCCACAGAUUUUGCAGCGCCAGAUGGCUACAAACGGCCCCGAGUUGCAGUCCGAACACCGCCAGGUGAGGAUGUUGCCAUUGGUAGCCUGCACAAUGGCAAAGACAUGGCCGGAACACUGGUUUGCCAUUCUGACGCUACUCCAGGGAGGUUAGCUGGACGGCCAUGGGAGAGAAGGCUUGUUUUAAAGCCCGUCGUCUGA